ACCUUAUGCCUCUUUAACCAGUCAUACAAGUUUGCCAGCAUUUACUGCAGUUUCAAUCAGCCGUUCAGGGUGGUACCGCCUGCAGUCACUACACCUGACGAACAGGAAAGAGGUUUUCCUGUAACCUCACUUUACGGGUAACACUUCAACCUGAUGGCAGCAACAAGUUCACCAUCUGAAGAAGACUUGCUUUGUCCUCAGUGCUCAGAGAUUUAUUGCGUUCCUGUUCUUCUGAAAUGUGGUCACAAUAUUUGCAGAGUUUGUUUACAGAAAUUCUGGGAAUGGAAAGGAUGUCGAGAAUGUCCAGUGUGUCGUGCCGUGUCUGUCCCUGGGAGGCCUCCUAUCAAUUUGGCACUAAAGAUAGCUGCGGACGAAUAUCAAGUGCUACGGUCCAGCAGGAAUCAGGAGGUUUGUCUUCUUCACAAUGAGAAGCUGAAGAUUUUUUGCCAGAACGAUGAAGAGCCCAUCUGUCUCGUCUGCCAGACAUCAAAACAGCAUAAAGUUCAUGAGUGCUGCCCGGUAGAGGAGGCGGCCCAACAGAAAAAGAUAGAAAUUUCGACCUCACUGGAGUCCUUAAGAAAAAAACUCAGAAUACUUAACAAGACAAAAGAACACUGGGAGGAAACAAAAACCUACAUACAGACUCAAGCACAACAAAAUGAGAAUGCAAUUAAGGAGGAGUUUCAGAAGCUGCACCUGUUCCUUUGGGAGGAGGAAAGCACUAGAUUGAAGGUGCUCAAACAGGAAGAGGAAGUUAAGACCCAGGUGAUGUGUGAAAAGCUGAAAAACAUCAAAGACCAGAUCAAAACCCUCUCCUCCACCAUCAGUGAUAUUGAGACUGCCCUCAGAGCAAAGGAUUUACCAUUUUUACAGGACUACAAGCAGACAAAGAAAAGAGUCAAAUGCACCCUUCAAGAGCCCGAGUGUGUCAGAGACAUCCUGAUAAACUCUGCAAAGCAUCUGGGAUCACUCAAGUUUGAAAUUUGGAAGAAGAUGGCCAAUAUUGUCAAAUAUGUUCCCGUCACUCUGGACCCAAACACAGCCCAUUCCAAUUUAAAGUUCUCUGAGGAGCUGACCAGUGUGCAAUACAGCAGUAAGCAGCUCCUACCUGACAACCCUGAACGCUGCACCAGCCGUUUGAGUGUGCUGGGAGCAACUGGCUUCACAUCUGGAAAGCACAGCUGGACCGUAGAGGUGGGCCAAAGCAAAAACUGGUACAUCGGAGUGGCCCGAGAGUCCAUCCAAAGGAAGAGCACCAUCUUCCUCAACCCUGCCGAGGGUUUCUGGGUGAUUGGCUUGUGCAAUGGAGAUUCCUACUGGGCUCAGACCUCACCUCGCACCAAGCUCAUGUUGAAGCAGAAGCCUGAGAGGAUUACUGUAGAGCUGGACUGUGACAAAGGAAAGGUAGUGUUCAUCAGCGCUGCUGAUUUAAUAACAAUACACACAUUCAAGGACAGAUUUACAGAGAAGAUUUUCCCCUUUCUCUCCCCUGGAUUGUAUGAGGGGGGAAAGAUCUCCAGCUCACUGAAAAUCUGUCCUCUGACCAUUACAGUGAAUGUAGAAUAAACCUUUAUAGAGCAGAUGCAUCUCUCCAUAGAUAAAGAGGACUCUGUGUUUCAUAUUAAGAGGGUGUUAUAGCUUUUAAGACUAGG